UCUCGAGCCUUUUCCUUGUCUCGUGUGAAAUUUCAGUUUCGGUAUCCGGUCACCUCCCCCCGACCCCGUUGGCCGUACUCUUUCCCCGCUACGGUUGCGUCAGUCCGACGCGACGAGGAACGCGUUCGAGUUACUCCCUAUGCCCCGAAUUCAACCCCGCCCGUUGACGACGUCCUAGACGACCAGACGAUACCACGUAGUUUCAUAGAUCAUAUCGCGUGUCUCGCGAAAAAAAAUGACAAAUUGACGACUAUUGCGUUAUAAUUAUGCACGAUUCGCAUUCACGAGCUAUAUAAGAGGUCCGGACGAAAGGUCGUUGCGUCAAGAGGUCUCGCGGAAGCGUAGCUCGUAAUCUCUCGUAAAAAACGUAAACGCUGAGACGCACGGCCUCGCGCGCGCGCGCGCUAUUAUCCGGUAAGAUGGUAAGUGCUGGACGGUGCUGAGUCGAACGAUUAUUAAUUUAUAUUUCUUUGUAAAUAUUAGAAUUUAACUAAUAAACAGGUUGACAAAUUUUACUUCGCGCUGCGUCCACUCGUCCAUUCGCUCCCCCCCACCCUCCCCCUGUCCUCGCUCUCUCUCUCUCUCUCGCGCGCGCGCAUCUCCCGGCGAGAGUUUUGUGUGACGCUUUGCGAGCGCGAUGGAGAGCAAACUGGCCGCGCCGCGCCAGUUGUGGAAAGUAACGCCCUUCACCUUAUUACGUAUAAUGAUUGCGUGUGAUGACUAUGAUUGCGAUACACGAUAAACGCUCCGCAAAUGGGAGCAGUCGAUUACAUGAUUACGGAGCGCGAAAGGUGCUUUUCAAUAAACGCUCAAUUUAUCUUCGGACAUUGCGCGCGCUGCAGUGUAUCAUUAAGAGAACCUGCGAGACAUGCGCGCUUCCCCAAACAAUCGGGGAAUCGUUUCUUUUCUUUUCUUUCUUUUUUUCUUUUUCUCUUUCACGCGCGGAUUUUUAUCUUUCUCGCGUAAAGUCGCCCUCGUCGCUCGAGUGAUUCACUGACGGUGCUGCUGCUUUUACUCGCUAGGCUUCUUCUAGCAAGUUUCUUAUAAUUCGUUGGCAAAAGAUUUCCUCCAGACGCUCGAUUUUUACUCGCUCGCUAGUCAAAAUUUCGAACUGGUCGAAAUUCGAGCAGCGAACUCGCCGCGGCGAAUUCUUAGAAGCUUGCUCAAAGCGAAGAAAAGCGGCGCCGUGUGUCAAUCACCUCUUGUAUAGACUUUAGAGGAGAGCGUGAAAGUCGAUCCCUCUUCGCGCAACGGCGGAUUGCGGAAAUUAUAUCCAUUGCUUGUUGCACAACCGGCUUUAUAUCGGUCGAGGAAUUUAUAGAUUUCGAAGCACGCUGAGUUUAUGCGUCGAGAGUAUCGCUUCGCACACGCGCCGAGAAUACACUGGUGUCGCCCGAAGUAAAAUGGUGUAAACGCGCGAUAUCUCUCCUUGAAUCGGUGCAAUCGCUGUCGCGGGCGAAUAUUUAUAAGGUUAAAGCGACAUUACGUUACGUUACGUCACGAAGGACGACGGGUUGUUCCUGGGCGCCGCGAUCCUCGAGUACGCUGAAAGAGCAUACUUCUUUUAUCUGCUUUCGAAAUUCGCUGAUAAAACGCGUGAAAUUCGGCAAGUAGGCCAGAAGGAGAGGCCGAGGAAGGAUCGCGAUCCUUUUUAUCUGCGGCGUUCAAAUUAAUCGCGCGACCGCGCAGUCACGCCUUCGCGCUAUCGCGCGAUUUCAAUCUCCUUUGGAAUCCUCCGGAAUCUUCGUUCGAAUCGAUCAAGGCGCCAUUCUCUCGAUGCUGAUUGCAAAGAAAAAAAAAAGAAAAAAAACCACUCAUGUCUAAUCACAAUCCCUCUACUUGGAUUUAAGCGGCUUGAUUUCGUGACUGUCUCUUCGCUGUCUGCUUUGAAUACGCCAUCCAUUUCCACCGAUCCACUUUCACCGAUCGAAAGAGGCGAGACAGCGAGACAUUCGUUGUGUCAAUCGGCCCCCAUCGAAAACGGAAGGUCAAGGACGCAGGAUUGAAGAACGAUCAUCGACGACGCACAUGAAUACGUUCGAGCGACAUUGGAUCACGGAACUCGCGCGACAACAUUCGAAACGAUCGACAUGUGCGACGUGACACGUCGUCGCGAUCACUAAUAGCCAAGUGCGAGUCAUCGCCUCGGACGCACGGCCGAAGUUACGAAUAUUCAUCAGCCACUUAUUGCAAAGAGUCGAAAUUGCGAAAGAGUCGGCCGCCCGAGCUGCGCCGCCCUGCCUGUCCAGCACGGGUUCGAUGAACAUCGGCCGCGCGAAAUCGCGCGGGCGCCUCGCGAGACAUCGCGCGCAAACAGGAGCGGACCGACCCAAUUCUGACCGGACCUGACAGACCCGAGCGGACCCCCUUGCUUCUUUGGGAGGGGCACCGACUUGGUUGGAAGAGGCGGUUCCGUGCCCCCCGUGUGUCCAUAUAAGCAAGUCCGACCGGCACGACUAGGACACAGUCCGGACACAACCACCCUUCGUUGCAUCGUUGCUACUAUUCGCGCCUCGUACUCUCUGCAAGGAUGCGCUUGUUGGUCACGGUGAUGGUAGCGCUGCUUCAGGUCGGCCUGGGCAGCCACGUGGCUGUCAGGAUGCCGUACUUGAACCCGGCCGGUGUGACCUACGUGAAUGACUUCCAUACGCAGGACACGGCCCUCGCGUACGCCUCGGACACGCCGUUGCACACGGUCGUCGAGCAGCCUCUUCAGUACGCAGCGCCGCUGAUACCAGCUAAGGUCGAGACGCACCACGUCGGCUACGCGGCCGCUCAGGUGCCCGCGGUGGCCGCUGUGCCAUUCGUCAAGCAUGUGCCGACGGUGUCCCAGGUGCCGGUCACCACGCUGCAAGCCCAUCCCGCUGUGCUGCACAAGCAGCUCGACGUGGUGAAGCCUGCGGUCACCAGCCGCAAGAUUGAGGUGCGUCGGCCAGCGAUCCAGAAACAAUUUUACGACAUCGAAGAGCGGGUGAUUGUUCGCCCGGCCGGAUCAGCCGUAGUCGAGCUGGACGAGCCGACAUCCAAGGUGCAGAAAGGAUCAGCCGUGCUCCAAUCUGUGGAUUAUCCUCAAACUCACGGCGUUUACCCUCACGCCGACGUUAUCGCUGAUAACGCACCUGCUCAUAUUCCGUUCGCUCCUGUCUUCUCUCACGUGUCGCCGGUGUCCGCGCUUCCCUCCCCAGUGAUAGCACCGAGCGACUCCGGUGCCAACAACCUGCAGGAGAACGAGUCCGUCGUGAUUGACAAUCCAGACUUUCGUAACGCCAUUAAUCGAGCGCGUCUUUCUCAGUUCCGAACUUCCGAGCCGCGUGCAGCCGCCGAAUCGAAUGGCACGCCCUUGGACAGGUCUGCUCCACGUUUUAUCGCUCACGACCCUUCACCGUCUGUGGUACCCAGCCAGAGGCAGAGGAUCAGUGCCGAGGACAGUAAAAUUAACCAGGACAGACUCAUCGAUCUCUUAACUGCCCGUGGCGGCAUCACGGAGGUGGGUCUCGGUCGCGACGGGGCAGCCGCGCGGGCGAUCGGAGACGCCGGAUACGUGCGAGCGCGCGUCCUAUCCGCGACACCGGCUCCGGACUACGCGGAACCGUCCGGAGAACGCGUCUCCACCCGUCGCGUAGUCGUCAGCAGGCCGAUCGAGACUUACCAAGAAUACGACAUCGUGGAGCCCGCCACAAAAAUCGAGAGGGUCUCCGUGCAGCAACCUGCAUUCAUCAAGACGGCUCGCGUAGAUCACGUGCAAGUGCACGGCUCCGUACCGGUCGUCGGCAAGGCCCUCGCUCCCGCAGUAGCGCACGCUGCGGUCCCGAUUUAUCAGAAAACAAUAUCCCCGACGUACUAACGCGAGGGCUGGCAUGUUGCAAACUUUUUGUCCAAAACUUCUCAAAACAUGUCUCUUUUCGGAUGUUUAAUACGCAAAUUUUGGGCGCAAAAUUAUUAAUGAUGCAAAUUUUGGAUCCUCUUACAUCUUUAAAUAGAUUUUUUUAAAAGAUAAAUUCUUUCACGAAAUUUUUCCUUUCACAUUCUCGCGCGCUGCAAUAUUACAC